UGGCUAGCCUCCUUUCGAAAAGAGUACAAGCUAAGCUUAAACUAGUGUGAGUGUAGUAGUGAGCGAGGCAACCCAUUCCACUCUCACAAAAGAGCAGAAAAGAGAAAAAGAGAGAGAAAAAAGAGAGAAAGGGAAAGGUGAUUGCUCAUUUGCUCUUGCUCUUGUUCCUUGCUGUGUGUUGUUGGAAAUGGAAGAACAUCUCAGCCCGUUAGCCAUCACUCAUCUGCUUCAACACACACUGAGGAGCUUGUGCAACCACGACAACUCUCAGUGGGUUUAUGCUGUCUUCUGGAGGAUCUUGCCCAGAAACUAUCCUCCUCCCAAAUGGGAUGGGCAAGGAGCGUAUGACCGGUCUAGAGGCAACAGGAGGAAUUGGAUAUUGGUGUGGGAAGAUGGAUACUGCAACUUUGCUGCAUCUUCAGCAACAGCAGCAGAGACCACCACCACCACCACCACUUCUUCUGCUUCUGCUUCUGGUUAUGAGUUUCAGCAGCAGCAAUAUCAUCAGCAGCAGCAUCAAGGGCUGCAGCCUGAGCUCUUCUUCAAGAUGUCCCAUGAAAUCUACAACUAUGGGGAAGGAUUGAUAGGGAAAGUAGCAGCAGAUCACAGCCACAAGUGGGUACACAAGGAACCAAAUGAGCAAGAGAUCAACUUCUUGUCUACAUGGCACAACUCAGCUGACUCUCAACCAAGAACAUGGGAAGCCCAGUUCCAGUCUGGAAUAAAGACCAUAGCACUGAUUGCUGUCCGAGAAGGUGUUGUCCAACUUGGAGCUGUCCACAAGGUGGUUGAGGAUUUGAGCUACGUGGUAACGCUGAGGAAGAAGCUGAGCUACAUAGAGAGCAUUCCAGGAGUAUUACUGCCCCACCCUUGUUCUUCACCUACCCAAAUCCUCCCCGUGAGAAUGGACGGUUACGCUUAUGGUUACGGCGGCGGCGGAAACCACCCGAUGCUACCGCCUCCGCCGCUGCCUCACCACCACCAUGAAGCCGCGGCUUAUUACCAACUCACUGGCGGCGGCGGCGGCGGCGGGGCAGAUCAUCAGCUGUACGCGGACCAUCACAAUAAUAAUCACAUGACGAUGAUGAUGAAUAGCAGCGGCAGCCUCCUGCCGUUCAAGGUAGCUCCGUCGAUGAGCAGCCUCGAAGCCUUGCUCUCCAAGCUCCCCUCCGUCGUCCCGCCGCCGCCGCCGCCGCAUCAUCAUGAGUUCAUGGGCGGGAUGGAGGAGGAGGCUGCCGCCGGGGGAGACCGUGAUGAUGAUGAUGAUCAACGGUAUGAUAUGGACGGGCAUCAUGAAGUUGGGGAGAGCAGCAGCUCAAAGACGACGACGACGAUGACGUCUAGUCAUGGUAAAAGCGGCCAUCGCCGCCAUCAUCAUCAUCAUCAUGAGUUUCAUCUCCACCACCGUGAUUUGAAUGUCAACCGUGCUAGUACUACUACCACCAACAACAACGCUUAUUUUCAGUGAUUAUAUUCUUAUCAUCAUAUAUAUAUAUAUAUAUAUUUGGGAUCUAGUGAGUGAGUGAGUGAGAAUAAGUAGAAAGUUGAUUAAUUAUGGAGGAUUAGCGCUAGCUGAAAAUGGCGGCUUAUCAUGUUCUGGUGGUACUGGACAUGCAUUUGAUUUCAUCCUAAUUAAUUAAUGAGUGUCCUGCCCUCUUUAUCUUAUCUUUUCUAUUUUGUAUCUUUUUUGGGUUGGUUGAUGCUACCUACAAAGUAAUGAUUGAUGACAUUAGUUCCAUCUUUUUUUGUUUAUUUAAUUUUCACUUAUUUUCAUAUUGCGGUAUAUGUGAUGAUAUGGUUUGGUUUG